CUGCAAAUAUUUACUAGUUUAGACCUAACUAACAUAAACUCUGCAACCAAAGGUGGCAUAUUCAUGGUUUCCGGUGACGUUGUUCUUCAAUACGUGCAAAAUAUGGUUUUUUUUUUUCGGACUUUAACUGAUUUUUUAAAGUUAGCUUUACCGACAUUGCUGAUAAGCUAGCAUUUUUGUUUGCAGAUUUGGUCUUUAAUGGUGCUCAUUUCCCUGAUGCAUUGCAGUUGAAAAGAUUUCAACUUGGAGAUACACCAGUGAGCAGUGGCGCAUGCAUGUUGCAGCAACUCCUACCAUGGAAGCAAGAGCUACAGACAAGAACGACGUCGUUUAGUUUUACGCAUAGUCAACUAUAUAUAUGCAUAUACCCUCUCCUGACUUCGAGUCCGGUCAAAACCCUCUUCUAGUUUUGGGUGGUAAUAAGCAGUUAGGUCUUUGGGUUCCAGUCACGGUUUUAGCAAUGGCGGAUUCUGAGGAGAAGGUGGUUGCCGUGAUCAUGGUCGGUGGACCCACCAAAGGUACUAGAUUUAGGCCUCUUUCAUUCAAUACUCCAAAACCCUUGUUCCCUUUGGCUGGGCAACCUAUGGUUCACCAUCAUAUUUCUGCUUGUAAAAGGAUUCCAAAUUUGGCUCGAAUUUUCCUAAUUGGAUUCUAUGAGGAGCGGGAAUUUACUUUAUAUGUGUCUUCAAUAUCUAAUGAACUCAAAGUACCUGUAAGAUACUUGAAGGAGGACAAACCACAUGGUUCUGCUGGUGGUCUUUAUUAUUUUAGAGACGUAAUCAUGGAAGAUAGUCCGUCGCAUAUCUUUCUGUUGAAUUGUGAUGUUUGCUGUAGUUUUCCUCUGCCAGAUAUGCUUGAGGCACAUAAAAAGUACGGUGGGAUUGGAACAAUGCUAGUAAUCAAGGUUUCUGCUGAAUCAGCGAACCAAUUUGGUGAAUUGGUUGCUGAUACAACCACUAAAGAGCUGUUGCAUUAUAUAGAGAAACCAGAGACUUUUGUAAGUGAUUUGAUAAACUGCGGUGUCUACGUCUUCACCCCGGAGAUCUUUACUGCGAUUCAAGGUGUCUCCAAUAAUCGAGAAGACAGAGCAAAUCUACUUCGUGUAUCCAGCUUUGAGGGCCUUCAGUCUGUAACAAGACCCAGUCUUCCUACAGAUUUUGUAAGGUUAGAUCAAGACAUUUUGUCACCUCUUGCUGGAAAGAAGAUGCUGUAUACAUAUGAGACCAUGGACUUCUGGGAACAAAUAAAGACUCCUGGGAUGUCUUUGAAAUGUUCGGCUUUAUUUCUUUCCAUGUAUCAAUUUACCUCUCCUCAUCUUUUGGCCACUGGAGAUGGAACGAGGAGCGCUAGCAUUGUUGGUGAUGUUUAUAUCCAUCCAUCAGCAAAAGUGCAUCCAACUGCAAAGGCCAACGGCGACUACAACACGAAGCUUGGAAUAACAAUCCUAGGGGAAGCUGUGACAGUUGAAGAUGAAGUAGUUGUUACUAACUGUAUCGUUCUUCCAAAUAAGAUCAUUAGUGGUAGUGUGCAAGAGGAGAUCAUCUUAUAAAAAUGAAGAGAUUUCCCAAGUUGCAGCCCUUAAAUUUUUGGAUUUUUGUUAAUUUCCUUCAUGAAGUGGAGGUCUGCAGAGAUGGGGAGGGAACUCCUUUCUGCUUUGAGAGCAUAAUUUUACUUUUCUUGUUUGGUAUACAAGCAAUACAGAUUCUUUUAAUAACAUUUUUAUAUUUUAAGUUGAAAUUUGGGUCAAAUAAUAUUACUGAAGUAAAAUAUUUUAUUUUUUUA